CAUGGUGGGGUUUGGACCUGCCUUACCGUAGAAAAUUAUAUGAUAUCUGAAUCUGGAUACAUUAUUUGUGGCCAAUAAAAACCUAGUAGGAUCACUUGUAAGAGCCAAAACAUGCGGAACAUAUAAACACCAUCCACAUUUUUGGCCUAUUCUGAUUAAAGGAAAUGACAGAACCAGCAUCGACUUUAGCAACAAAAAAGCUAGAAGGCAAAGUUGCGAUAGUAACCGGUGGAGCCAGCGGAAUUGGGGAAGCAACAGCACAUCUUUUUGCUGAAAAUGGUGUGAAGGCUGUUGUAGUUGCCGAUAUACAAGAUGACAAGGGCCGACUCGUCACUGAAUCCAUUGGUUCACACCAGUGCAGCUAUUUCCAUUGUGAUGUUAGUGAUGAAAAUCAAGUCAAGGCCUUGGUGGAGUGGACGGUUCAAACCUAUGGCCAGCUUGAUAUCAUGUUUAGCAACGCUGGCAUAGUAAGUCCCUCUGAUCAGACCGUACUUAACCUCGAUUUCUCACAAUUCGAUCGUUUGUUUGAUAUCAAUGCCCGUGGUAUGGCUGUCUGUGUAAAGCACGCUGCACGAGUAAUGGUGGAGCAGGGGGUGAAGGGAAACAUUGUUUGUACAACAAGUGUGGCAGCCAGCAGGGGAGGAGUUAUUCGGACCGAUUACAUAAUGGCUAAGCAUGCAGUUCUUGGACUAGUUAGGUGCGGGAGUCAGCAACUUGGAGUUCAUGGAAUUAGAGUAAACAGCGUUUCCCCUUCUGCCAUCGCAACGCCGUUGACAUCUAAUUGUGUGCGAAGUACAAGAGGAAAGGAUAUUGGGAAGGUUUACGGGCCGCUUACUAGCUUGAAGGGAAUUGCCUUGACAGUUAGACAUGUUGCAGAAGCAGUGCUGUUCUUAGUUUCUCAGGACUCUGCAUUCAUCACUGGUCAUGAUUUGUCGGUGGAUGGAGGAUUGAUUAGUCUUCCUGGUCCAAACAAUUGAUUGAUUUUGUCUGCAAACGAAGUCGAUGUCAUCAGAUGAGGUUUCCCUUAUUAAUUAGUCGCUGUAUUGGGAGCCAGUGAUAUAUUGUGGUCAAUAUUUCAGAAAACCUUCUUUGGAUCA